AUUGCCGUCGUAGCUGUUAUGUGCAAGCCACAUAGGUGUCCACAUAUUGCAAUGACGGGUAACAUCUGCGUCUAUUGCCCCGGAGGACCGGACUCGGACUUCGACUACAGCACGCAAAGUUAUACUGGCUACGAACCCACGAGCAUGCGGGCUAUCCGCGCGCGUUAUGACCCUUACGAACAGACACGAGGACGAGUGGAGCAACUGAAGAGUUUGGGUCACAAUGUCGACAAGGUUGAGUUUAUUAUCAUGGGUGGAACGUUUAUGAGUAUGCCCGAGGACUACCGAAACACGUUUGUCGCACAAUUGCACAACGCGCUUUCAGGAUUUACGGGUAUAGAUGUCGACGAAGCUGUGCGGUAUUCUGAACAAAGCAAAUCGAAGGCCAUUGGUAUAACCAUCGAGACCCGGCCAGACUACUGCCUCCGGCCGCACCUAAGUCAGAUGCUCCGCUAUGGCUGCACGAGGUUGGAGAUCGGGGUGCAGUCCGUCUACGAAGACGUCGCGCGAGACACAAACCGUGGACACACCGUCCGUGCGGUUUCCGAGUCUUUCCACCUCGCCAAAGACGCAGGCUUCAAGGUUGUCGCCCACAUGAUGCCGGACUUACCCAACGUCGGUGUGGAGCGUGAUCUCGAGCAGUUCAAAGAGUACUUCGAGAACCCCGCCUUCCGCAGCGACGGCUUGAAGAUCUACCCGACCUUGGUCAUACGUGGCACUGGUCUUUACGAGCUAUGGCGGACAGGCCGGUAUAAGAAUUAUACUCCAAAUGUCUUGGUAGAUGUCGUUGCGAGGAUCCUCGCCCUUGUACCGCCAUGGACGCGUGUGUAUCGAGUGCAACGAGACAUUCCGCUCCCAUUAGUUACGAGUGGCUGCGAAAACUCUGGUAAUUUGCGAGAGCUCGCAUUGAACCGCAUGAAAGAUUUCGGCGCCGAAUGCCGCGACGUUCGGUUCCGCGAAGUUGGGAUCCACGAGAUUCACCACAAAGUCCGACCCGAGUCUGUGGAGUUGCUACGACGCGACUACACGGCGAAUGGAGGGUGGGAGACGUUCCUAUCGUAUGAGGACCCCGAGCGCGAUAUCCUGAUUGGCCUGCUGCGGCUGAGGAAGUGCUCGGACGAAGGGACGUUUCGUCCAGAACUGGUACGCAAGGAGGACGCCGAGGGCGGGUGCAGUAUUGUGCGAGAGCUGCACGUGUAUGGCACUGCGGUUCCUGUGCACGGGCGGGACCCGACAAAGUUCCAGCACCAAGGCUUUGGCACGUUGCUCAUGGAAGAAGCCGAGCGGAUAGCGAGGGAGGAACACGGUAGUGUGAAGAUCGCCGUCAUUUCGGGUGUCGGCACACGCGACUAUUAUCGUCGACUCGGGUAUGAACUCGAUGGGCCCUACAUGAGCAAAUCUCUGCUGUAAUAUCACAGUCUGGUUGUAAUAUAUCAUGGGUAUAU